AUGAUUUCUUCUCUAGUUCGACGGCGAGUAGGUUCCCAUUGGAGACGGGCCUCACCUUCUCUCCAUGGUAAUGGGAAUGCUACGAUACCAGCUUGUAGAAGCACUUGUGCAACAGCAGUAUCAGCCCUGAUGCCCGAUAAUGCAUCCGUACCAACUAUUAGACAAUUCUCAGAAAGUCGUCGAAGUUUUCAUACCACCUCCCCUCAACAGAAUUGGUGGAAUCCCUUUUCUAGUGGUGGUGGAAGUGGUGGUGCCAAUACAUCGGGAAUCAUGUCAUCUUCCAAAACACGAGGCACUGGAGAUUCCAAUGAUCCUCGGCAACUGCAAGAACGCAAGGAUGCCACAUUGGUCUUGUUGGCUCUGACCUUUCGUCGAUUGUGGCUGGAACAAGGGGGAUUAGCUAGUACUAGUCUUAUGGGUGCUGGAGCUUGUGAUGAUGAUUGCCAAGAAAAGAUCGACCGAGAAAAGAUUAUUGAUAUGGCCUUUAGUGAGUUGGAAAAGGAGGAUUUGGAUUCCAAAACCACUUUGCAACUGCGGCAAACACUGCAAGCAGGUUUGGAAGAUCAGAUUGUGGAAAUUUUCCAGCACUUUGCGGAAGUGGACCAGAGUUUGCCCAAUCCAAAUGUCGCCCUGGAAAAGGAAGAGCCCGUUUCCAGUGCUGAUACCUCGGGCUACAAUCCAGUUCUAGUCCUGGAAUUGGAAAAUGCCGUGGAUCAAUUGGCCAACCCAACGCCGAACAGAGCUGAAAAGGGAGCCGAUCCCAAGAUUUUCUUAGCGCUAAAGCGCAAAGCGAUUGAAACAUUGAUGGAGAAACAACAGGGCAAUUCGAAUGAAGAAACCGACCAGAUAUCACAGGACAAAGCUGUAGCAAGCUCAGAAGAUGGGGUCGCUUGGGUUGAUGCCGAUGCGUUUGGGUACCACGAAACUAUUGACCAAGAGCAAAAUCAACAAAUUCGACUUUUCCAAGCCUACAACAUGUGCCGAUCGGCGCAGCUGAAAGCAGCCUAUGGAUAUGGUAUUGUCGCACUGCAGUCGUCCCUUCCUGGCGCUGGGCGAGGUGUUUAUGUUGAUGGUUUUUGUCCUGCUGGAUCCAUAGUAGCCUUUCAACCUGGAGUGGUCUGGUCUAAGGAGCACUUGGUGGCCCUUCCAAUUGAAGAAGAACGGCAGUUGGAAAAGAAUGAUAACUACCAAAUGUCACUCAGGCCUGAUGAUUUUAUGAUUGACUCACGACAAUCUCCUUACACUGUCUUGACCAACCCCUGGGCAGUGGGGCACAUUAUCAACCAUCCUACCCCAGCUCAUCCGCCCAAUUGCCGGUCAGUUAUGGUCAACUUUACCUCGGCUAUGAACCUGAAAUCCUUGAACUUGGAGUCCUAUGUUCCAAACAAGUAUGCCAAGCCUCGAAACUUGACCUUAUUGGGCAGUCUUUGGGAGCAGGACGUGGUAGAUAUGCACGGAAUGUGUUUGGUAACGACAAGGGAUGUCUGCAAUGAAGAAAUCUAUUACGAUUAUCGAUUGAUGACUCCCCAUCGGCCGUCAUGGUAUCAAACAGUCCAAGACACUGCUUACACGAACAAAGAAGCAGAGGAAGCAAAGGAGCCACAAGACUAA